UCGAGUUGACAGUAGUAUACAUUUGGUAUCACGAUUAAUGGCUUAAUCUAGUUUUGUUUGUUGAAACUGGAAUCAUUAAACUCACAUUUUCAAUACGACUAAGUACGGAUUUUGUUGCCUCGUUAAUUUCGUUGUCAUGCCGUCGCCCCGUUCGGUCGUCGCGACCGGCCAAGAUGAAGUAAACGACUACGAUUUGGACGACUUAGGCUGCACAUUGGAUAUAGUACACGAAAUUGACAAAUUUCUUGAAGGACUUACUGAUGGUGCUGAUUUACCAGUAAACAACGAUAAAAAAAAUGAUGAAAUAAAAACAGCUGAUUUGGAAGUAAUUGAUAACAAAAGAACUUCUACCACUCCGAUGGAUGUAGAAUUUGUCGGUAAAGAUUCAGCUGUGUUUCAACUUCUAGAAGACAAUGAGAACUAUGGUGUAUAUGAACACAAUCCAAAUGAAUGUAACUGGAAUGUUUUUUAUAAAACACUUCCCCCUGAUGAACAAACAUUUGUCAAAGUAGAGCCAAAGACUGAAAUUAUCAAUGGUGAUUAUUGCACCAGUGACUCAGAAAAUAAGUUGGAAAGUUUCUCUUUUAACCUUGAUAAUACUCUGGAUAUUCCGGAAAAAUCAAUUUUUGAACAACAAUCUUUUGAAGCAUCAACUGGUGCUACUACUAGUGAAAUUACAUAUUCAGACAAUGAAUUGGAAAACUUCUCUUUUACAUUGAAAGAUGACAAUAUCAAAGAUAAUUUAUCUACUGCUGAAGUUAAAAGGUGGAAGCCGUAUAAAAAAUUUAAACACAAUUCUAAAAAUAACGCAGCUAUACCUCAUUUAUUCAGAAACAAUAACUACAAAAAUACAUUUAGAAAGCCAAAUCCAUGGUACCGCAAAGAUUCUACGGAAAGAAACAAUUUAUUUCAACAAACAUUUAAAAAUCAACAUCAGGGAAAUAGUUCAUUCCUAUCUGUACCUAAUAAUAAUAAUUCAACCUUUUUUCCACCAAGAACUUACAAUUUACAAUCUAAUAGAGGUAAUUCUAACAAUUUCAAGAAAAUACCAAAUGAAAUACAAGGGAAUCAAAAUGUUGCAAAAAAUAAUUUUAAAUUUGUUAUACCAAAGUAUAUUGAAAAUUCAACUGUAAAUACUCCAAGGCAAUUACAUCUCCCACCUGUACCACCUGUAAUUAAACCUCACAGUAUAGUUGGGGAAUAUUUGUGUCCUGUAUCUUUGGUUGGAACUACUAUAAAAUUUUUAUCGAGAAAAUUAGCAAAUACAAUCAUACGGGAACAAAUUAUUGUAGAAUUAACUACACAUGGUGUCUUAGAGAACAAUUGGUGGACACCAGAUGAUAUGUUUUAUGCUACAUUCUCAGAUAGAAGUAUCGCUCAACAUGUAUUUAAACUAUAUCCUCAUAAUUCAAAAAGUUCAUAUUAAAAAAAAAAAUGAAGUUAAAUUA